GCAAUCAUCAUCUCGCAGUACAGUGGCGGCCAUCUUUAAGCUGCUGUCUUGUGGGGUUCUUCUUCUUUUAGUGAUAAAGUUUCGCCGGGUGGUCUUUUGUUUCUUUGAGUAGUUUGCUGUUUAUUUUCGCAGUAUGUCUAAACGGCAUCGACUGGAUAUAGGAGAUGAGCUUGCAAGCAAGAAGCGCAUGCUGGAUGGGAAGGACAAAGACAGGGAUCGAGAACGUGAUGAUCGCCCUAAAGAUCGUGAAAGGGACAGGGAGAAAGAAUUACGGAUCCCAGGAAAUCCUCCAGUAUUAUCAAGUGUACUGCCACCUUUAAAACAGGCAGUAAUACAGCAGACAAUUAAUCCUUUCACCAAUCUCCCUCACACACCACGGUACUAUGAAAUUUUAAAAAAAAGACUACAACUUCCUGUGUGGGAGUAUAAGGAACGUUUUACAGAUAUCCUUACCAGGCAUCAGUCAUUUGUACUUGUAGGAGAAACUGGCUCUGGCAAAACAACCCAGAUUCCUCAGUGGUGUGUUGAUUAUGUGCGCUCAUUACCUGGACCAAAGCGAGGAGUGGCUUGUACUCAGCCCAGAAGAGUGGCUGCAAUGAGUGUGGCUCAGAGAGUUGCUGAUGAAAUCGAUGUCAUGUUGGGUCAAGAAGUUGGUUAUUCCAUUCGAUUUGAAGAUUGCAGCAGUGCAAAAACAAUUUUGAAGUACAUGACAGAUGGUAUGUUACUUCGAGAAGCCAUGAACGAUCCAUUGCUGGAACGCUAUGGUGUUAUUAUUCUUGACGAGGCUCAUGAACGUACCCUUGCGACAGACAUUCUUAUGGGUGUGUUGAAAGAAGUUGUGAGGCAGAGAUCAGACUUAAAGGUACAUGUAAUGACUGCAACUGUGAAUACAUUCAAAUAUCUACAUUUAUGGCCCAACUGUCCUGCUCUGGAGGCAGUUGGGGAAACUCACCCCAUUACAAUCUUCCUUUAUAUUCCAGAUCCCGAGCAGGACAUUUUAGAAGCUGCUAUAUGGAGCUCCGUCUCAGUAGAGGCCUGCGAAUCUGAAUUAGCAUAUAUGUAUAUAUUUUUAAUAUAUUUUCAGGAGAUUGAUGAAGCUUGUAAAAGAAUCAAACGAGAGAUUGAUGACUUGGGUCCUGAAGUUGGAGAUAUUAAAAUCAUUCCUCUGUAUUCCACAUUGCCACCCCAGCAGCAGCAGAGAAUAUUUGAGCCACCACCUCCAAAAAAGGCGAAUGGUGCAAUAGGAAGAAAGGUAGUUGUGUCAACAAACAUUGCAGAAACAUCUUUAACAAUUGAUGGUGUUGUGUUUGUGAUUGACCCUGGUUUUGCUAAACAAAAGGUGUAUAAUCCACGUAUUAGGGUGGAGUCUCUACUGGUAACUGCAAUUAGCAAGGCUUCUGCUCAGCAGAGAGCUGGUCGUGCUGGCCGUACUAGGCCAGGCAAGUGCUUUCGACUGUACACUGAGAAGGCUUAUAAAGUAGAGAUGCAGGAUAACACUUACCCAGAGAUUUUGAGGUCUAACCUGGGUUCUGUGGUGUUACAGUUGAAAAAACUUGGUAUUGACGACUUGGUGCAUUUUGAUUUCAUGGAUCCCCCAGCUCCUGAAACAUUGAUGAGAGCCCUAGAGCUUCUAAAUUACUUGUCUGCAUUAAAUGAUGAUGGAGAUUUAACUGAACUGGGAUCCAUGAUGGCAGAGUUUCCGCUGGAUCCACAACUUGCCAAGAUGGUUAUUGCAAGUUGUGAUUACAACUGUUCCAAUGAGAUCCUCUCUAUUACUGCAAUGUUGUCAGUCCCACAGUGUUUCGUUCGCCCCACGGAAGCAAAGAAAGCAGCUGAUGAGGCCAAGAUGAGGUUUGCGCACAUCGAUGGAGAUCAUUUGACGUUGCUGAAUGUCUACCAUGCUUUCAAACAAAAUCACGAAUCGGUUCAGUGGUGCUAUGAUAACUUCAUUAACUACAGAUCAUUAAUGUCUGCUGACAAUGUACGCCAGCAGUUGUCGCGAAUCAUGGACAGAUUUAACCUCCCACGCAGAAGCACUGAAUUUACAAGCAGAGACUACUACAUCAAUAUACGAAAGGCUUUAGUCACCGGAUUCUUCAUGCAGGUGGCUCACUUGGAAAGGACAGGGCAUUACUUGACAGUGAAGGAUAACCAGGUUGUACAGCUACAUCCAUCUACCGUUCUUGACCACAAACCUGAGUGGGUGCUUUACAAUGAAUUUGUGCUUACUACAAAAAACUACAUUAGAACUUGCACAGAUAUCAAGCCUGAAUGGUUGGUGAAAAUUGCCCCACAGUACUAUGACAUGAGCAAUUUCCCUCAGUGUGAAGCUAAAAGACAGCUAGAACGCAUUAUUGCAAAAUUACAGAGCAAGGAAUAUUCACAGUUCUGAAGUAAUGGUUUGAACUGACUAUGCAGAAGAGAGCUUUAAAUGCCCACAUGAACUUGGGGAUUUUAAUUGUACUCCAUGACAGUUCAGUAACGGCCUUUGUUGGAGCUUUUAAAUGUUUUCUUUACAGUUAAAUUCCGUUCCUUGUAUCAUAAUUUGGAAACAAUUCAUCUCUUUAUUUCCCCCCACGGUGGAGCAGUUGGAGACGCCAAUCAAUGUUUGCUGUUUCUGAAAGUAGAUGUAUUAAGCAAUGUUGGCAUUUCAUUUGAAAUGGCUGGAACUGUUUCUGAAGUGUGAUUCUCGACCAUGUUAUGCAUGAUCGUCAUUGUGACUGUUGACAUUCCUUUCAAAAGUUGUGAACCAUUACUACAACUUGUGCUUAUGUAGACCAGUCUUCAUGUCCACCGUACAAAGUCUUUGACUUAAAUAAAGUCUAUUUAUACUAA